AAGAAGAAGAAGAGGGAAAUGCUAUCGAUGUCAUUGGCGAAAUCCAUAGGAAUAGGAAGUAGCAGAAGAGAUGAAGUAUACGUAGCAGCUGUGCCUUUGAGAGCCACAAAAGGACCUGCCCAGUUGCUCAUGUCUACUGCUUACUCUCUCAAUUUCUGGGAUUUGCAGCAUUUCCUGGUCAUUAUCAACCCCUCCUCCUCCCUUCACUCUCAGGUUUUAGUAUAUGAUUUCCAACCUCAAGAUCCGGAAAGCAUUUCUGUAGCUGUUGCAGCUCUAUCUGGCAGAAAUGUACCAGGAGUUGUUCUUACAAGGACACUGAAGAAGCUGCCUAAAAGGAAGUGUUGGUUUGUUGGCUACUCAGAGACUGAUGCAAUGGAUGCGGCAAACAGAUUCAACAAAGGAUGGGAUACUGACUUGAGGAUUAACCAUCACGACUGUCGAAACUAUGUAAAUGGGCUAGUGGAGUAUCUCACUGGAAUGAAAGCAGUACUGGAGCAACUACAAAGCAGCAGCAUGGCAAGAGAUGAGAUGUCAUUACCCAGAAAGGACUAAAAGCAUAAUACUACUUUGUGUCAAAGAUGUAUAGAUAAGUCAUGAAGUAAACCUUUUGGCUUUUGACACUUUAUCUGUUAAUAGAAGUUCUGCAAAUAUAUGCUCACAGGCUUUACUUACUAUGAUCCGCAAAUCACUUGUAUUCUUUCUUGUGCAUUUUAUUGAAUAAACUCUAGUCCUCAGAGUAACAUGGUAGUAGUUCUUCUAUUUGUUCUAUAUGGACUAUUUUAACACA